AUGGCGGCGGAGGAAGAGCCCGUCAUGGCGGCAGACUCGAUGGCCGGCGGCGGGCGGAAGAAGCAGGAUGGCCACGAGGACGCCGGCCGACGGCGUGACGGACGGCCCCAGACCCUACCGCGAGACAACGGGCCGGAUCGAGAGCAGGACGACAAAGGGCAAGAACAGAGACACGAACAGCCGUUCCUGAUGCUGUCACCGACCCAGCAUGCUCCCGCCAACGGGCUGAGCCAUAGAGGCCACACUCACGUUCGAUCUCGGUCCCUGGCGGCCCCGUCAAGUGCUCCGGUCAUGGCCAGGGCGCACUCUUCUCCAGGGCUCGACUCUCGUGGCAGAUACGUCUUCCCACGCAGCGGCCCAGGCAAGCCGUCUGCGGUCGGCGUCACUCCUCACGAGCUCCCCCUGCGUCGUCCCAGUCCGCUACGGACCUCCUUUGACGGUGUUGGUGUUGGUGUUGGAGGCCAGUCACUUCCCAGCAGCAGCUACGGCAUUGCCAUUUCAGAGCCCAUCUUGGAGCAACCGGAGCUCCAGGCCUCGCCGGUUUCAUACACCAGCCAUCCCAGCCAGUCUACCGCCGGCUAUACCAGCCAUAGCUCUGGCAGCAGGCCUGGGAGUGGACGUUCGGUCUCUCCGUCGUGGUCUCCUGCCCUGCACAACACCCUUCCGCGUGUAUCCAGGCGUCGACCGUCCUCCCCUUUGCUCGCCCAUGUCCCCGGGCAGACAUCCAACGGCUAUACGUCUAAUGGCCAUAUGCCAAAUGGUGGCAUGUUUUGGUUCUACAACAACGACCGCCUCGACACCUUCUUCGACAUCUUCUCCUUCACGCCCAUCCCCACUUAUCCUGCCCGCCAAGUUCAACGAGCCCUAUCCGGCAUCGCUAGACUUAAAGCUGCCGCUGAUAAGGCGGAUGCCGCUGAGGCAGCAGGCGGAUUCCCGCAUGACCUCAAAAGACGCAGUGCCGUCGACAUGUCUUCCCCUUCUUUGGGAUCCCGCUUUGGCUCUGGCUGGGCUGACAAGCGCAAACGAUGGAGUGUUUGUGGUGCUGAAGGCAGGCAAGACCUCGACCUUGAGACCAUAUGGGAGGACUAG